UGCUGUGCUCCAAGCCGGGAGUCUGGGUUCUGGAGAGAGCAGGAUGUCUUCUUUGCUCUUUGGGGUUGGGGUAGCCUUCCUGAGCCUGGUGCUGGCGGCCAGAGGACAGAAGACGGAGCCCUUAAGUGGUCUCGGAGACCAGGCACCUUUCCGCGGAGCAGAUCGCUAUGACUUUGCCAUCAUGAUCCUCCCAGGAGGAACAGAAUGCUUCUGGCAGUUUGCACACCAAAGUGGAUACUUUUACUUCAGUUAUGAGGUUCAGCGGACAAUGGGACUUUCACAAGGCCGGCAUAUAACUGCCACUGCUCAUACCCCAAAAGGUUUUCUCAUUGAUAAAUCUCAGGAUAUCCGAGGUCAGAUCAACUUUUCUACCAAAGAGUCAGGCUUUUACCAGCUUUGUCUCGGCAAUCAACAAAACCACUUUGCCUCUGUACAAGUGUAUAUCAAUUUUGGAGUCUUUUAUGAGGGUGCUGAUCUGGAAAAUAAUCAGAGGAAUGAGGAGAGACAAAAAUUGAAUGAUACCUUGGAUGCCAUUGAGGAAAGUACACGAAAGGUUCAGAUAAAUAUCUUUCACAUGUGGAGGUACUACAAUUUUGCCCGCAUGAGGAAAGGAUCUGACUUUUUCAUUCUCCAAUCAAACUAUAACUAUGUGAACUGGUGGUCAAUAGCCCAGAGUAUUGUUAUUGUCCUUUCUGGAAUCUUGCAGUUGUAUUUCCUGAAGCGUCUCUUCAAUGCCCCCCAAGUCACAGACCCAAGAAAGCCAAGAUGCUAAAGGCAAUAUUAGGAACCAAGUCCUAAUCCUGCUCCCCUCCCUCCCUUUCUCUCCAGGGCUUAGCAAAUCAAGUUUUAUAAAAAUUAUAGAAACUUACCCUGCACACUGCAUUUUUUAAAAAAGUAAUGUCAUCACUCACAAAGGAUCAUCAGUUGUAAAAAUAACUAAAUCCAGAACUAUUACUUGGCUUUAGUCAGCCCCAUAUAAGUUCUUAAAAAGGUUGCUCUAAAUAGUGCUAAUAACUAUUCCCUUAAGCUGUACUGAGCAUAUAAAAAAUGAUUAUUUUCUACAGCCUAAAGGACUUGAGGAGUCAGGGAGGAUUGAUAGAAGAUAGAAAAAUCUUAAAAUAGGAAAGAGAAUUUAUGGUGUAUGGGAACAAGAGCUGGGAAAAUCACAGCCAAUAUUGAGUAAAAAUAAAUAAAACGUAUCUCUAUAAAUGACA